AUGGUAUUUCUUGAUGUUCUUAAAGUUGAUUGUCCUGUAGUUUCCAUUGCUUUGGACAGUUACCGUAUUGUUACCAUGUACUUCUUACAUGAGCAUGAAUUGUUACUACAUGCGGGUCCUCAGGCAAUGUUGGCCAACGUGCGGCUCACGUAUUGGCCGAUAAACGGGCGUAGAACAGCGCGAAAGGUUGCUCAUGCUUGUAUAACAUGUUUUAAAAAUAAACCGAAAACACUCGAACCUAUUAUGGGAAACCUCCCGAAACUACGUGUAGAUCAACCGAUGCGAAGUUUUGAAAAUGCAGGUGUGGAUUAUGCAGGCCCUAUAAUGAUGAAAAUCAAUAGUCGACGUAAUUCGCCGUUACAAAAGGCAUAUGUAUGUAUAUUUGUGUGCCUAGCUACAAAAGCAGUACACAUUGAAUUAGUAUGCGACCUAACUACCGAUGCAUUUAUAGCUGCAUUGACCCGAUUUAUUUCGCGCCGUGGUAAAUGUAAAAAUAUGUAUUCGGACAAUGGGACGAAUUUUGUAGGUGCGAAUCGGAAAUUAUGUAAAUUAGCACAGCUAUUAACGUCAACAGCUCACAAGGAACGCGUAUCUAAUGCAAUAACGUUGAAAGAUAUCACCUGGCAUUUUAUACCGCCAAGAUCGCCGCAUUUUGGCGGACUAUGGGAGGCUGCCGUUAAGGCCAUGAAAAAGCACCUGAACCGUACUGUUGCAAAUUCCCAUUUUACUUACGACGAACUUUAUACAACAUUAACGCGAAUUGAAUCAUGUUUAAAUUCGAGUCCUUUAACACCUCUUUCCAAUGAUCCUUCCGACCUCUCCGUGUUGACUCCUGCCCAUUUUUUAAUAGGGAGCUCACUACAAGCCUUACCCGAGUCUAGUUGCCUAGACGUACCAACUACCCGCUUGAACCGAUGGCAGCGUGUGCAACAGAUAGUUCAACAGAUUUGGUCAAGAUGGAGCAAGGAGUACAUGUGUCAACUCCAGCAGCGUACCAAAUGGGUAUCGUCCAAAGGGGUCUCACUCAAGAUUGGUAUGUUGGUGUUGAUAAAAGACAAUAACCUACCCCCUUUACAUUGGCAAAGAGGACGAGUCGUUGAUAUCCAUCCAGGAAAUGACGGAGUUAUACGCGUGGCUACUGUACAAACGAUUGCAGGCCAG